CAUUAUAUAUAUGACUGAAUUGUGCAAUUGAAAUGUUUCCUCUUGGCAUGAAUAUAGCCCCUGCUGCUGACAUGGCAUUAAAUAAUAAAUAAAUAAAUCACAACAUGUUAUAUGUAAGAUAAUAUGUGUAUUAUAAUGAACUUAUAAUCUGCUAUAAUAUGGCGGUCGUUCUGGACCAGGAACACAACUAGCUAUCAUGAAAUGAACACAACAGGAGGGUAAAUGCUACAGGCUACAAUGGCAGUUAGUGUAACGUGUUAUGUAGUGUUUCAGGCAACGACAUGGCUUCAGCUAAGUCUCACAAAGGCAUGAGUAAUGCUGAAUGGCUUGCGCGUCUGGAGAGUUUUGCCCAAACAGGAGUUUGGCCAUCUACACAGGGGAAUAGACCUUCUCCCCGACAAAAAAGAUGGCAUGAGAUGUAUCAGAAGAUAGAAAAGUGCCCUCUGCAAAUGAGGGGACAGACCACUCUUCUGAAGGAAGCUCAGACAUGUAUUUGUGGCUUUCACAAGGUUCAUCCACCAGUCACAGGGGAAGCAUCACAGAGCACCCCGGCCCAAAGCACACCCUCUGUCAGCGAUGUGUCAUGUCCUGCAAAGAGACCUAAACUGACAUUGUCAAUGUUUGAAAAGUCAAGGUUUGGAGGCUCACAUGUGGCAGCAGCAAAACCUAAUUUGAGCACCCAGAGGAAAACCUCUCAGAUGUUAGAGCACUCCAGUUCAGCUACAGUUUCAUGUCCACCCUCUGAUCCUCAUCCUCCUCCAUCCCCCAAACCUCAUCAGCCCGUCAUCCAGUCCUCCUCUUCCUUCUUCCUUCCUCCACCUCAGAGUUCACAACGCAUCAAAAAAACAGCAACGCCAUCAACUGUUUCUGAGAAUACUGUUGUGAGGAGCCCACAGGUCUCAUCUCAGCCAGAAGAUCUCCCCCUUCUGUGGCCACAGACAAUGCCACAGCAAGACCAGAAGUGGGUGUCAGAAGCACUUUUUAGGGUUGGUGCAAAGGGAAAGCUGGAGCUGCGUGAAAACCUACAGUUGUGGUAUCACCCCCCACCACCAGCCCUGUUGUACCACCAAGCUCCAACACCUGAUAGGUUUUUUUCACAGCGUCUCUUGCUCUGGAUGCCAUAUAAGCUGUGGAAGGUGCGGCUCCAGUGUACUAACCCUGCCUGUGCCAGGCAACAGCUGUGUGGUGGUGGACUGCACAGGAGGGUACGACAGGUGUUAGACAUUGACAGAUACUACAACCUGGUGACAGAGACCCUGAUCUGCACCAGGUGUAGAACCAGCUAUCUGUCCUGGAGUCAAGCUGUGCUGCAGCAGUUGGACCUGGCCCAUCGAUCUGAAUUCAGGGUCAUCCUCACACGCAAGUAUGCCUGUGACAUUCGGGUUCUUCGCUUGCUGCGUGAGAGGGGCAUGGGGAAUGGCCCAGUGAGGAUCAUCGGCCAGCUGAGAGAGAACCACAGUGAGGAGUGGUUGAAACGUGCGCUUCGGUACACAUCAGAGUGUGUGGCCUUUUUUGAUAAUCGUGGCCUGCAUCCGCUGCACUUCCAGGAGCCACCACCACUUGCUUCAGUACCCAGCUACAAAUGGCUCCUCACUGUAUAUAGUCAGGACAUUCUCAACAGGCUCGAUCACAUAAAGGCCAGCAUAACAUCCACGUAUGGAUCAAUCUUAAAAAUGGAUUCAACUAAGAAGAUCACCAAGAAGUUGAGCGGGCCUGCGAAAGGCACAGCACAGUGGCUUACCUCAGUGGGCAAUGAGAUAGGUCAGGUGCUGAUGAGUGUCCUGACUGCGAAUGAAGGGGCUGGGUUAGACCUCAUGGCUGCAGGGCUCAUGGAGCGAUACCGGAGUGCUGGUGUUGAUCCUCCCACUAUCAUUUAUGUGGACUGUGAUUGUUGCAAGAAAGUGGGAGAGACUAAAUUGAAGAGGCGGUUCAGCGUGUAA